AUGAGACCUGACCUCCACAUGAGACCUGACCUCCACAUGAGACCUGACCUCCACAUGAGACCUGACCUCCACAUGAGACCUGACCUCCACAUGAGACCUGACCUCCACAUGAGACCUGACCUCCACAUGAGACCUGACCUCCACAUGAGACCUGACCUCCACAUGAGACCUGACCUCCACAUGAGACCUGACCUCCACAUGAGACCUGACCUCCAUAUGAGACCUGACCUCCAUAUGAGACCUGACCUCCAUAUGAGACCUGACCUCCAUAUGAGACCUGACCUCCAUAUGAGACCUGACCUCCACAUGAGACCUGACCUCCAUAUGAGACCUGACCUCCAUAUGAGACCUGACCUCCAUAUGAGACCUGACCUCCAUAUGAGACCUGACCUCCAUAUGAGACCUGACCUCCAUAUGAGACCUGACCUCCACAUGAGACCUGACCUCCACAUGAGACCUGACCUCCACAUGAGACCUGACCUCCACAUGAGAACUGACCUCCACAUGAGACCUGACCUCCACAUGAGACCUGACCUCCACAUGAGAACUGACCUCCACAUAAGACCUGACCUCCACAUGAGACCUGACCUCCACAUGAGACCUGACCUCCACAUGAGACCUGACCUCCAUAUGAGACCUGACCUCCACAUGAGACCUGACCUCCACAUGAGACCUGACCUCCACAUGAGACCUGACCUCCACAUGAGACCUGACCUCCACAUGAGACCUGACCUCCACAUGAGACCUGACCUCCACAUGAGAACUGACCUCCAUAUGAGACCUGACCUCUACAUGAGACCUGACCUCCACAUGAGACCUGACCUCCACAUGAGACCUGACCUCCACAUGAGACCUGACCUCCACAUGAGACCUGACCUCCACAUGAGACCUGACCUCCACAUGAGACCUGACCUCCACAUGAGACCUGACCUCCACAUGAGACCUGACCUCCACAUGAAACCUGGCCUCCACAUGAAACCUGGCCUCCACACGUGA